AUGUCAGCUACAUCGGAUUCAAUGGCGAAAGACGGAACACAUAUCAAUCUUGUCGAGCCAGAAGAUGCACCUGAAUACAGUACCUUCCUGUCCAUCUUCUACUCCAAGAAAAAGUCGGUCGACCUCGAUACUAUUGCUACUACGAGGAGUGUGUUCGAUGAUUCGAACCUAGCCAAAUAUUACCAGCCUCAUCCGCAAUACGAGAAUUUACAUCGAUUUGACCCUUCUGAAAGAUGGACCUACCGCGAGGAGAGAUCGGUGCGCCGGAAAACAGAUCUGAAGAUUUUCCUUUGGAUCCUGGUUAUGUUCUUUGGGCUCAACAUUGAUCGGGGUAACCUAGGAAAUGCUGCUGCUGAUAAUCUGUUGCCGGACUUGAACAUCAACACCAACGACUACAAUAACGCGCAAAACAUGUAUCGAAUCGGCUUUUUGAUUGCUGAGAUUCCUUCGCAAAUGAUCGGCAAAAGGAUUGGCCCGGACCGAUGGAUUCCCAUUCAGAUUAUUCUAUGGAGUUUGGCAUCCGGUGGGCAGUUCUUUAUGCAUAACAGAGCAGGAUUCUUUGCCUGUCGGUUCUUCCUAGGGUUCUUCAUGGGGGGUUUCAUUCCAGACGCGAUCCUGUACCUCUCAUAUUUUUACAAGAAAACCGAGAUGCCCGUACGCUUGGCGUGGUUUUGGUUUGUUGACUCAAUGUCCGGGGUGAUCGCCUCAUUCAUCGCCUACGGUGUCUUGCAUAUGCGUGGCGUACAAGGCCGCGAAGGAUGGAGAUGGCUCUUUCUUAUCGAAGCCCUGAUAAGUAUAGUGAUUGGGUUCUUGAGUUUCUUGUUUCUCGUUCCAGGCCCCACGCAGACAGCAACAUGGUGGAAUCGCAAGGGAUACUUCACCGAGCGAGAAGAGAAGAUCAUCGUCAACCGGGUCCUGCGUGAUGACCCAUCAAAGGGGGAUAUGCAUAAUCGUCAGGCGUUGAGCUUGAAGAUGCUUUGGCAGAGUUUGAAGGACUAUGAUCUCUGGCCAGUCUACACCAUCGGUAUCCUGUUCGAAAUUCCUACCUCGCCACCAAAGACAUAUCUCAGCUUAUCGCUGAAGGCCAUCGGGUUCAGCACCUUCCAAACUACCUUACUGGGCAUACCGGUGACCGUUUUCGCAGCAAUAAACCUGUUGGUCAUCACCGAGUUAUCUGAACGGUUCAAACAGAUCUCCAUAUUCGGGAUUCUGACCCAACUCUGGUCUCUUCCUCUCCUGAUUGUUCUGUAUACCUCGGCUAGUACGCUAUCUCACUGGGGGCUCUACGCGGUUACUUUUGUCCUGCUUGGCUGGCCGUCUAUCCACGCUGCACAAGUCGGGUGGUGUUCUCGGCUAAGCAAUGCGGUCCGAACGAGGGCUGUCAGCGCUGCUCUCUAUAACAUCACCAUUCAGCUUUCCGGGAUUGCGUCUUCAAAUAUUUACCGCGAAGAUGAUAAGCCAUACUACCAUCGGGGAAACUCGCAGCUAAUUGCCAUCAACGUAGCGACUAUUGUAGCAUACGUGCUGGCAAAGCUCUACUACGUGGCGAGAAAUAAGUGGAAACGCGCCAAAUGGGAUGCAAUGACGACGGAGCAGAAGGCUCACUAUCUUGAGACUACUAGUGAUCAAGGUAACAAGAGGCUGGAUUUUCUAUUCGAUAGUUAGAUGUGGACUGCAGAGGGUAGCGAAGCUGGGAUGAACUUUAGGAUAGAUAACCCUGCCACUAGAGUCAGAUGAGUCGACUGUAUUAGAACAGCACCUUCUUACUAGCUUUAGGCAAUAUCCAAUGAUUCCCUGUCUGAUGGCAUAGCAUCAAUGUAGCUAUA